AUGCCACCUCAGGGACCCAUAGCACCUGAUUCUAUCUCUUCACUUGGGAGAGAAGUGUUCUCUGAGUCUGAUAUCGGAGCAGGUCCUGAUUCCAUCACAUCAAGAAUUCCUGUAGCAAGUGAUUCCAUGUCUGUUCUUCCAUCUUGUUGCUGGAAAGUGUUGUCUAAAUCUGAUAUCGGAGCGAGAACUACAGGUGAAGGUGAAACAUGUAAUUCUUGGGGAUAUUCAGAUACUCGUGGCGGUAAUAUCGGAAGAUGA